AUGGCUCGCGCUACACUCCUCUCUCUUGCCGAACAGGCCAAAGUGGAUGUGAUGAAACAACUUGGACUGACACUUCACGAGAUGUCCCGUCAACUCACGAGAAGUCGUAACGUCAUCCGAAAAUACCUCGCCGACCCACUCCAUUACGAGAAGAAGCUGAAGGAGUCUGCGGGAAGAUCGAGAAAGCUGACUUCACGUCAAGAACGCAGCUCUGUUAUGAUUUGGGGGCGCUUUUUGCAAUGGAAAAAAGCUCGAACUGCAAUUCAUCACCACGAAGGAGAAUUCUGCCACGUACCAAGCAACUCUCCAAAAGGCCGUGGCUCCGUUCUUCCGCAACAGACGCCACACCCACACGUUUCAACAGGACAACGUAUCUAUCCACACGAGCACCUCCACGAGGAACUGACCGUGCAGGAGCUCAAGGACGCAAUCCAGGCUGAAUGGGACGCUCUCACUGAUGCCGAAUUGAAGAAUCUUGUAGCCAGCAUGUCGAGCAGGAUCGUUGAAGUGAUUCAAAACAACGGCGGAGAGACUAAGUACUGA